AUGGCCAGCGAUGGAGCUUCAUCCAGCGUAAGACGCGUUCCACUACCGUCGACCGUGAAAUGCGUGGAAGCUGCAGAGGAGAAAAACGACAUUGCUCCGAGAUGUAGAUGUGGAGUGUACGCCAUAUUGUACAAAUCGAGGACGACGACGAACCCCAACAGAUUGUUCUUUGGAUGUCCAUUCUUUAGGUCAUUGCAAGUUUUCUUAUGGCUGGAUGACCAUGUUUCAACAGUAAGAGUUCUGGACAAGUUUAUGACUGAGAACGAGGUUGAUGAUCUGAAACUGUAUCUUAGGAAGAAGGUAGUGGAACAGAGACUCACUGAUUUGGAGAAGAUGUUGCAUCUAGAGAGGAAGAAGAAUGUUAAUUUGUAUUUGGUUAUUGUUGUUGUGAUUAGUGUAAUUUUGGGUUCUGUUGUUGCCAAACUUGGCUGA